AUGCCACCCACGACAGUAACGGACCCUGCUCCAAUAGAAACAGCCCAUGAGGACAUGAUUAAUUCAUGGCUCAAUGACCGCGAACAGCACGAUGCCCAACUGGACUACUAUGGCAAGCGCCUAGCUACAUGCUCCUCGGAUCGCAUGGUCAAAGUUUUCGAUGUUGUCAAUGGCGAGACCCAACGAACGGGGCAGACACUGAGAGGGCAUACUGGGCCUGUUUGGCAAGUCGCAUGGGCCCAUCCCCAGUUUGGCAGCGUUCUGGCGUCGUGUUCGUAUGACGGAAAGGUAUUUGUGUGGAAGGAGCAGCCAGGACAAGCCACUGGCGGUUGGACGAAAAUUGCGGAGCAUACGCUGCACACGGCGUCCGUGAACUCUGUGUCGUGGGCGCCUCAUGAACUUGGAGCAAUCUUGGCUUGUGCUUCGUCUGAUGGGACAAUAUCUGUCUUGGCGUUCAAAAACGACGGUAUAUGUGACGCUGACAGGUUCGAUGGUCAUGCUAUCGGCUGCAACGCCGUCUCCUGGGCCCCAGCUGCCCAGCCUGGUUCACUCAUCACUCCCCAACCACAAUCAAUGCCCGGACAACCCAGUGCGCAUCUCCACCAGUCCAUCAAGCGCUUUGCCAGCGCUGGUUGCGACAACCUCGUCAAAAUUUGGGGAUACCGCGAAGAUAACAAGACUUGGGUUGAAGAGGAGACACUCGAAGGACAUACUGACUGGGUCCGAGAUGUUGCGUGGGCUCCAAACAUCGGUCUUCCAAGGAGCUACAUCGCUUCCGCUUCUCAGGAUAGGACGGUCCUGAUAUGGACGAAGGAUUCACCAACGGCGCCUUGGGUAAAGACUGCACUUGACCCUUCGACCUCGACAACCACGCCCACCGCUCCAGCUGGAAAGUUUCCUGACGUUGUUUGGCGCGUAUCGUGGAGUUUGGCAGGGAACCUCUUGGCUGUAAGUUGCGGUGAUGGUAAGGUUACUCUUUGGAAGGAGAACUUGAAGGGGGUCUGGGAAUGUGUUAGUGAUUUGAACAGUUAG